GAGAACUAGGCAGUUCCUAGUGGAACUAUAUUUUCUGCAGCCACUGCUGUAUCAGCAGGUAAGAACAUGUUGUGUUUUGUUAAUAGGUGUGCUGAACUACACAUUUUAUACACGCACCACAUAUUCAGGUCUGUUCCGUCAUUCUACUUGAAGCGGUUGACUAGGAAAUUAGCCAAUUUUAUGUGUCCUCUUAAGGGGCGUGACUACACUUUUGUGCACUAUAAUAUAGCACCGAAAACUCUCUGGUAAAUGUUAUGUAAAUGAAACACAUGACCACUCCAGUAGUCAUGUCGGUAUACUGUAGUGCUAGUGGUCAGUGGGAAGGCUUUUGGGUUCAAAUCCCAGCCCUUGGCCCUUGGCCAUGACAGAAACUGUAAAAGUUUACCACUUACAAAUGUUGAAAGAGGUUGAUUAUUAGUAAUUGCCCUGUGAUAUUCUGGGGUACCUUUCCCUGGUUCGGUGUGCUUGUGCAUUGGUUUUUAUUCAGCAUAGAAAUUAGGAUGAGCUUGGGGUAUUUGAGACACACAGGCCAGGAUGCAUCCUCUGUUACAGAGUGACUGUGUAAGCUGCACAUCAUUUGUGAAAAAAAUAAUUUGUAUGUCCAUUUAUUUAUUUCAUUUUUAUGUACACAUUGAACAUUUUGUCAACGCAUACUGUAAAUAUCGUGCAACUCAAAAGCCAAGGCUAAUAAAGUUGGUUCAAAAACCCAUGCAGCUAAAAAAGAAUUGCUAUGUUGAAAAUUGAAAGCACUGGUAGACCCCUCCUUUUUUCAUCUCUGAAAUUUUUCUCAGGAGAUGUGAUGUUUUUUUCCAUGAUACCAAUGACAUGUAAGGUGCCCUGCAUGAGCUAAGCAAAUGUAUAAUAGAAUAUGAUGUUGCUAUAAUCUGACAGCCAGUCAGCUUUGUGUUUUCUGGCUGGUGUAUCAUAAGGGACUAUUUGUUCCGUGGAGAUGAAAUGCACCUUGGCCUCCUCGCCAUGGUGACCUGUCUGCAGUCUCAUGGCGUGGCUCCUGUCUUGUCAGUAGCGCUGACACAAAUGUGGCAGACAGGGUCACCUAGGGCAAUGCCCGUUACAACAGGAAUUUCAAAGGAAAUUUUAGAUUUCAAAGGAAAUGUAGAUUUUCUGGUGUUGUUUCUGUCAUUAUUUUAUAGAGCAUAAGAGGAAGGAAGCUUGUGUGGAAAGAGAGAUCUGCAUAUCACAGAAAUGCAUGAGAGUGGGCGGCUGGUUAGAUGCUACUCUAAGGUGAUGGAUCAUCAUGUGGACACCAGUACGCAGACGGACCCAGUCGUAGUCCUGUCGCUGGCCCAAGCUGCUGUUCUGGGCCUCAUCUCCCAGAAUGAAGUCUUUGGCGCCACCAUCGCCCCCAACGGGUUCUACAUGGGAGACACCAAAGACUCUCCCACCCUUGGCGCGGACACCCCCUACGAGUAUGCUGACCAGCUCAUCGGGGCUAAUGGUGACUAUCUGGUUGAGCCCAGCCAUGAAGGCCAGGGGCUAAUCCAGACCACACCCCUGAGCAGGGAGGGAGUGCAGUCAAAGGGGAUUGAGAGCAGGAUCAUUGGGGACCCAUCAGGCCAGCUCCCAGGGUGUGAGGGAGAAGUGAAAGGGGAGGAGGUGCCAGAGCCUGAAUUGUUGCACCCCCCUUGUUUUCACAUGCUUAAUGACCUGGUCCCGAGAGAUGGUGUACAGCUUGUGGACCCUUCCAGCUACCGGGUGACUCCAAAAGAGGAGCACUCAAAUAACUGCUGUCCUGAAUGUGAGAAGGAGGUGCAAAGCCGGCUGGGAGGAGCACAGCCCGAGGAGGCUCCCCAAGGGGGCCAAGCAGAAGUGGAGGAUGUUCAGGAGCAGCAGCUAGAGGAUGACGAGGAGGAGGAAGAAGAGGAGGAGCCGGCAGAAGAGCAGGAGGAAGAGGAGGACGAAAGACCUCUCAAAUCUGGAGAGGGGGAGGACAGCCCAGAGAUGAGCCACUACUUGGAGUCGAGUGAGGUGGGAUAUGAGUCUGUGGAGAUGGGGGGUCCGGGUGACUUUGAGGAGAACAGCCAAGGCCUGGUGUGGGUGGAGGCUGGGGAGGGUGGCGGGAAGGGCCAGCACUGCGGUCAUCGUGUGCAGAUAGACCGGCUGGACAUCAAUGUGCAAAUUGAUGAGUCUUACUGUGUGGACGUGGGGGAGGGGCUCAGGCGCUGGAAGUGCCGCAUGUGCGAGAAGUCAUACACCUCCAAGUACAACCUGGUCACCCAUAUUCUUGGCCACAAUGGCAUUAAGCCACAUGCCUGCCCACACUGCGGAAAACUUUUCAAGCAGCCCAGCCACCUGCAGACCCACCUGCUCACCCACCAAGGCACCCGGCCACACAAAUGCACCGUCUGUAAGAAGGCCUUCACCCAGACCAGCCACCUGAAGAGGCACAUGUUGCAGCACACCGAUAUCAAGCCCUACAGCUGCCGCUUCUGUCGCCGAGGCUUCGCCUACCCCAGCGAGCUGCGGGCGCACGAGACCAAGCACGCUAGCGGGCGCUGCCACAUGUGCUCGCAGUGUGGCAUGGAGCUACCAAGCCUGGCACACCUGAAGCGGCAUCAAACCAGCCACCAGGGCCCCACCACCUACCAGUGCUCUGAAUGCAACAAGUCCUUCACGUACCGCAGCCAACUGCAGAGCCACCUACAGAAGCACAAGGCCAUCCGGCCUUUCAUCUGCGCAGAUUGCGGCAUGGAGUUCAUCCAGAUACACCACCUCAAGCAACAUGUGCUCUCGCACAAGGGAAUGAAGGGCUUCAGGUGUGAUGUGUGCUCACGUGAGUUCACCCUUUCGGCCAACCUGAAGAGGCACAUGCUGAUCCAUGCCAGCGUGCGCCCCUACCAGUGCCAUGUCUGCUUCAAGACCUUCGUCCAGAAACAGACACUCAAGACCCACAUGAUUGUACACCUGCCUGUCAAACCCUUUAAGUGCAAGGUGUGUGGGAAGUCCUUUAACCGAAUGUACAACUUGCUGGGACACAUGCACCUCCACGCAGGUAGCAAGCCAUUCAAGUGUCUGUACUGCUCCAGCAAGUUCAACCUGAAGGGCAACCUCAGCCGGCACAUGAAGGUCAAGCACGGCAUCUCUGACACCUCCCCUGAUGGACAAGAUGCUCUUCCUGACAUGGAAGGCCAGGAGGACUUUGAGGAGAACUUUGACUUUGCGGGACAUGAAAAUCUUUCUGGAAACAAGGCACAAGCAUUGGGCAAACUCUCUGAGGAGGCCAUUCAAGAGAUGGAAUACUACAACUUCAGCAAGGACACAGAGCGUUACAACACAGCAUGAAGCAGCUAGCACACUGAGGCAGUGUGAUAGAAAAUAAACUUUUUUAACACCAGCACUGACUGUUACAGGCAGUGAUUGGGCAUGUAGGCCCCUAAUACUAUAAAACUACUCUGUCCUAAAUGGAGCUGCUGCAGGGAAAAAAUCAGAAGUGGACUGGAGAAGCCAUUUUGGAUCUGUUUUGUGUUACACAGAGCCAAGAAAUCAGUCACUUGAGGAAAUGGUAGUGCUUUAAUUGAUUUCACUGAUGUUUAACAGAAGCUUUAAGGAGAAGCCUGAUGGCAGAGUCUUUAAAGGGGAAUUACACUUUAUAACACUUCUGCUUCUCAUGACUGAUAUUGUCCUAAUGAAUGUGUCGCCCUUCAUUUUUCGAUUAGUUAUUUCAUUAUGUUAAUAUUUUACGCUGUUUUGUUGUUUUCUUUUACAAAUGCAGGAAGUAGACCCAGGCAGUUUAGUGUCGAACUCGAGGAUGCAUAUCAUUGCGUGACUUCUGAUGUGGGCGUACCUGCAGACAAUAACAUUAGGUUGGUCGUAGAAAUCAUAGACAUAGAAAUAGUGUUGGAUGACUACUAGCUAGCGAAACCGAAAAUGUCUGAGGACAAAGGAGAUUUUGUUUUUGAUCAUUGUUGUGCCCUAUUGAUUCGAGCCGGAAUACACAGAAGAAGAGCUGGCUAAUUUGCAGGCUGAUCGUGCGAGAGCGAGUCAGGAACGGGCCGAGAGGAACCACAGGCUAUUCCCAGGACAAACUGCAACUGGUGGUAGACAUCCUAUGUAUCACUGACAGAUGCGAUAGCGUUAGCCAGCCCGCACAGUACCUACCUCGAGCAGUUCGACCAAUGGUGGGUACAGCUCCAGGCUUCAGACGGUCGCCUUGGCAGUCGGUGCCUUCAAAGUAGUUGCUGCAUACCCUUAGUCCUCGUUUGCGAACUACUUCAGCUGUUAUGUUCGGGUGUCUGAUUACAUCCAGCCAUGUCUGGCACAAAGUUGCAUUGCGUGGAAAAUUAUGAAAAUGUGCUUUCAAGGCAAGUUUAACGGGGGCAUUAUAACAACCAGGUACAAUGCACCUCAUUAUUACACCGAUAUUGCAUCAAACAAAAGCUAGCAAACGUUAGUUUGUUCGAUUUCAACACUAAGCUGAAAUGCUUUGUUUAAUGUUUGUUAAUGUUUUGCUUCGCUUCUUCUCGAUUUUUCCGCGAAACGAAAUCGAAGUAGAAGAAAAAAACGGAAACCGUACUACUAUGUGGACUUGCGCUAAAAAAAAUUGGUCUUUGUUUCUAACGUUAGACAUUUAAAAUGAAAUAACUAAUCUAAAAAUGAAGGGCGACACAUUCAUUAGAAGGAAAAUAUCAGUCAUGAGAAGCAGAAGUGUUAGAAAGUGUAAUUCCCUUUUAAUUAGCUAUGCUGUGUUUAUAUAUACACAGUGAGCUCCAUAAUGUUUGGGACAAAGAUACAUUUUUUCUCUUGAUUUGACUCUAUACUCCACAGUUGUAUAUAUUUCAUCAAAUACAUCACAUGCAGAUUCUCAGCUUUAUUAAAAGGCAUUUUUAUUUCACCAAAAAUUGCUGCACUUUUUAUACAUGAUGUUUGGGACAUAUAAAUGGCAUGCAAAUAAAAGUAUGUUUCAUAUGCAUAUCAUUUGCAAGCAAUGCCUGCUUGAAAUCUGUGAUCCAUAGACAUCACCCACAUUGUGCUGAGUAUCUUUUCUGGAGAUGCCCUGCCAGGACUGUACAGAAGCCAUCUUUAGCUCCUGCUUGUUUUGUGGGCUAGUUGCUGUACGUUUUCUCUUCAGCAUAUGAAACACAUGGUCAGUUGGAUUCAGAUAAGGUGAAUGACUUUUAAGGUCAAGAAUUUUUCAGUUUUUGGCUUUGAAAAACUCCUUUGGUGCUUUAGCAGUAUGUUUGGGAUCAUUUGUCUUGCUGUAGGAUGAAGUGCCCUCCAAUGAGUGUGGGGGCAUUUACUUGAACUUGAGCCAAUAAAAUGCUUCUGUACACUUCAGUAUUCAUUCUGUUGCUGCUGUGAGUGAUUACAUCAUCAGUGAAAGCAAGGGAGCCAGUAUCUGUGGCAGCCAUACAUGCCCAAGCUACAACACCCCCACCACCAAUUUUCACAAAUGAGGUGGGGUGCUUUGGAUCUUGGACAGUUUUUAUAUUUUGGCCUCAACAUUUUGCCCUUGGCAUCACUCUGAUACAAUCUUAGUCUCAUCUGUCCACACAACCUUUUAUAAGAACUCCAUAGUUUCUUUGAAGUAGUUCUUAGCAAACUGUAACCUGGCCAUCUUGUUUUUGCAACUAACUAUUUCUCAGCCUCAUAAUGGCUUCCUGGAUUUUCACUGGCACAACUCUGGCCCUCGUGUUGACAAACAUCAAUAACAGACUCCAAAGGCAAUCAAAAGCCUGCAAUGAAAACAAGAUACUGAAAGUUCUUUAAACCUGCAUGAACGAAUCAAUUGAACACACCAGUCUAAUAAGAAACACCUGUGAAGCCAUUUGUCCCAAAUAUUAUGGUUCUUUGAAAUAGGAGUACUAUGUAUAAAAAAGUCUGUAAUUUUACAUGGUGAAACAAAAAGGUAUAAAACAACCCUGUAAUAAAAGCUAAGAAUAUGCACUUUAACCAUGUGUGAAUGGUUUGAUUACAAAUCAAAUUUAUGGAGUACAGAGCCAAAUAAAGAAAAAAAUGUGUUUGUCCCAAACACUAUGGAGCUUACUGUAUAUACAAAAUAUACCGCAACAGAAACACAGGUUUGAGAGCACCAUGCACCAUGUUCCGUCAAUUCUUGCCAUAUCAGCAGCUUAUAAGUUCUAAUGUGUAAUAAUGAAUUUACAUGUUAUUUCAGAAACUUUCCUGUUAAUUAAGGAUGUUUAAUAAUUAAUAUAAAGCACAUUGCAUAUCAAAUUCUAGAUUAUGACCAGACUUCUCUUUAGAGGUGCAGUAUGUAAGGAGAAACAAGUUAGAGAGCUAGAUUUAGGAAGAACAAAAAGUUCCACCACCUCCCACCUUGUCCCCUCAGCUCUGCCUCCAAAGAUCCUCCCUUCCUACAUACCUGUAUGCACGCAUGCUGCCUGACAUCUGAGUGCAGGAGAGGACAUGUACUGUAUAACAUUGAAAAGUAGAGAAAGGAGUGCAGAACAUCUCAUUCCUAGGUAGAAAAGAAAAUGUAAUGUCAUCAUAAUGAACAUAAACAAUGAACAUAUCUAUUGUUUUUAAGUACAGCUAUGGGCUGUAGCAAGCAUGAUAUUUUGCAAAAAUCAUUGUGCUUAAUGCAGUAUUGCUGGCUAGGUUGCAGUAGAGUUAAUAUUAGCUGGCUGUGAUAACCAAGCUUUAAAAAGCAAGAAAGUUAGCGAUACUGCACAGCCAGACUUUAUUUUUUAUGAAUUCUUUUUGAAUUUUUUGCUACAGCACAUUUCAUUCCAUUACAGGCAUUUAGCAGACGCUCUUAUCCAGAGCGACUUGCACAACUUUUACAUAUUCACAUUGCAUCCAUUUAUAUUGAAGCAAUGCAGGUUAAGUACCUUGCUCAAGGGUCCAAUGGCAGUGUCCAACCUGGGAUUAUGAUCUUUAGGAUACAAGACCAGCUCCUUACCCAUUAUGAUACACUGCCGCCCCAUUACCCAUUAUACCACACUGCCACCCAUUUCACCCAUAAUGCUUGUCGACAAAGCAGCUGCAACUAACUAAGUUACCCAGUUAGUAGCUACCUCGCUACUUGAUUUAUUUCUGUUUGUAUCAGUAACUGACAUCAAACCUAUUGUUUUCCAAUAGUUAGCUAGCUUUAGCACUAUCUGUACAGUAUCUCUGCUCUUAGUAAGUUUCUACACAAAGGAUUUAUCUUAACAUUACUUUUUAGUGUCAUGCUCAUUCAGCUAAUUGUUGAUUUAAAACCUGUAAACUGUGCUGUUGAGGACACUUUAGGGAUGUAUUGGUGGAGAAAACAUUUUUCACAACCAAACCUCAAAUUAAAAAGAGGUGGUACCAAUAUUCUGUCAACACUGUAUUGGAAACAGGUUAGCACCCAAACUGGCGAGGGCCAUGCUGUCGCUUCCAGUCUGUGAUGUCAUCCUACAGCAGCAGGGAGCCUCUGCCCUAAUGUCAGGAAAUCAAACCAUCAACUUAAGCUUUGGUCAGGUCUGUGUUGAGGACACAUGCAUAAGGUAGUGGCUCGUUCAUAUAUUGUGGGUUUUUCUCAGGUUUUAAGUUUCAGCUUUGUGUCUGACAAAUUAUAUUGGUGCCUAGAGCGCCUUUCAAAUAAAUACACUUCUAAUUUCUGCAAGAAACUAAAUCAACUACUGUGCUGAUGGGGCAGUGUCAUGUUUAGCCAUCACUGAAUGUAGAUGAUUUUUGAUUGUCUUUUGGGGCAUUUUCAGUCUAGCCAUUUUUUUUAACGCUGACUGUGCAGACCAUGUGGUGUACACACCAAAACCAACUUUUUCUUUAAUGAUUUUGCUAAAUUUAGCUAAUUUAGCUCAAAUUAGACUUGUUCAUUUUUUUUGAAGUGAACUGCACAAGUAGCUAAUUUUUAUUUAUUUUUUUACUAUAAUUUGAGAAUCAACUCAAAGGGAAUCAGCCAAUAACUGAAGUGGAAUGUAGGCACAGUUAUUCUUCCCUCCCAGUUCUUGAAAAUAUGUUCUGAAGCUACAUGCUUGCAGAUGAAGGCCAACCGCAUGUGCAUCUUAAAUGUAAUUAUGUUCACACAGCUGCAACUGUCAACAAAACCUAUGCUGUUGAUGAAUGGCUGAUUGAAUAGGCAUAGCAGGCUUUAAUGAGAGCUGGUUCUCCUCAUCCUCAUGCACACAACUAACAUCUUUGAGUACAAUUACUUACAGAGAGCAGGCAUACACAUACCACCAAAGAUAAUAAAAUAAGGAUAGGAUUGGCCUGCUUUAACCUUUUGCACCGAAACCAGAGAGGAGCUCCACCAAUCAAAAGGUACAUUUGAGCAAUGCCUGGAGUGAUUGGUGGAUACUUUUUAUCAAUACUUCUAGAAACAGCAUCUUAGUAAAUAUAGCAUAGAAGGUAUCCACCAGUUACUAUCAGCAUUGUUCCAUUACUCUUUAAUUAGUGGAUCUCCUGUUUUUUGUGCAAAAGCUGAGGAAACCAAUGUUCUAUCCCUAUUGUAUUAUCCCUGCAUACAACCUGGAAGCACAGUUGCUGUGUCUGCCAUUAGUUAUAGACAGAGGAAAUGGCCAUCCCUGUCCUGCAGUGUUGUGAAGUUUGCAGUGAGCACCAACAGUGAAUAUGGUUUGAUUUAGGCAGGUUUAUUGAGCUUACUAAUGUCAUUUUGACCACAUGUUUGUUCUUGGUUUCCUACUCGUGGUCUGAGAAAUUUCAUAAAUGUCAAAUCUUUUGUUGCUGUUACAGGACAUUAAAUGAACUUUGGUGGGGCACAGGUCUUUUUUUCUUCCCAUUUAAAUUAAGUUCAUAAACGGAAGGUCAGAUUUCUCAGGACUCUCUUAAGACUGGUAAAUUGCCUGGAAAUCAAAGCUCAGCUGAAAGAAUUGGACAGCACCAACUUGAUUCCUGGGUAGCUAACAGAUUAAUGGCUUGCGUAAUAACAAAAUUGAGUUUAAUUUUCAACUUGUCUGAAGCUAUGUCAUCAAGCUAUGCUGAACAUCAAUGUUAAAUUAGAAGUGGAAGCAGACACCUGCCUGCCUUUCUGUGGUUGAAUGAAACUGAAUUUUCUUUUUGUUUGUUUUCUCAUGGUAAAAAUAGAAAUGAAAACAUGACUAUUGAAACUACUGUCAGCUUGGAGAAAUGAAUUGCAGGAGCAGUUCUGAAAUGGGGGUACAAAUCUGGGAAACAUAAUCAGACAACAGCACUGUACACUUUCUGUUAACAGUUACUUGAAAAAAGUCUGAACUUGGGAGGAUAAUCAACAAUUAUUAUCUGUUAUGGGGGGAAAAAACCACUAGAAAGAGAUCUAGCAUUACGAAAAAUCAUUAUGAUUUACUAAUUUGAGUUCUUCAGCUCCUAGUAAUUACUGUGCUUCUUUGUUACAUCUCUGCACUACAGCUUGUUCCAAGCAAGAUCCCAUUGCCUUCUGUAAAGCUUCACAAACCUUUGGAAACAUGGUCACCAACAGAAGAAAAAACCCAACUGUGUUCCUGAUUAUAUUUUGUCGCCCCAUGUUCCUCAGGGCCCAGCUGACUGUAGUUCCUAACCUCUUAUACUGUCACUAGAGCCAGGGGAGAGGUUUCAGGUACUCCAAAAUGGGCAGACCAAAUGUAUGCUGUCAAUUGCAAUUUUGCAAAGCAAAACGAUAGUAAGACUCAUUCAGCAAAGCAACUGAAUGGGUUGUUGAUUUGUGGAUUGGUUGGAUCUAAGAUUGCAGCAAAUUUAGUUUCAAUUCAGGAAAUGGCCCAGGAUUCAAUUAAUUAAUUUAAUCUUUACAGAACAUUUUGAGGAUUUUUUUCAAUUAAUGACUUGGAUUUCGAUUCAUUUCCUUGAUUUCUUCAAGGACUGUUCACAUCAAGUACUCAUGUGGUCCUGAAUGUGCACCUCCCAUUUUUAGGUUAAAUGAAGCCUCACAUUCCUGCUGCUGCCCAUCACCUGUGGACCAAAGAGCCCUACUACUGCUGUCACUGUGAUACCAAAACCCAUUGGUGAACUGUGGAGGCUGAGGCUGCCCUCUGCCCCGGCUCACAAAAGGGGAGGUUUUGUCUGGCUGUUCCCCCACCCCAGGCUUACAGUGAGGGACCGGUUUGGCUGUUCCCCUUAUCCCUCCUUCCUACCUCACCAAGCCUGGGUUUGGGGCUCAAUUGUGUUCCAUCAUCAGAACUUAGAGCAGUGGGGAUUUUUUUAUUUUAUUUUUUGAACCACCAAUCGCCCCUUCAUCCUUUUAAGAUGAAAAACUGAAAACCCUUCGCAAAAGACAGUGUGACCCACCUGACAUGGGGGCUGGUUGAGCAGGAGUGGUCAUGACAGGUCCAUAACAUGGAGCACCAUAAUGAUGGUCUUCAGGAUCAGGGGCUACAAUGUACAAUCCAGUGGACUUUGAAUUUCUGUGGACUGCGUAGGCAUCCUUUUGCACUGUGAAGGGGACUUUACUUGCCUGUAAUUAUCAUCUGUGUGGUCCUGUUGACUGAAUGCCAUGGUCUUGACUAUACAGUUUAAGUGAAAGAUCAGCAGGUAUUUGAGGACUGUACUGUUUGAACAUUAGUGGUAAAAAGUUUUGAAACCAACAGAGUGAAGAGGGGUCUAUGGUUUCAUUUCAAAAUACAUUUUUUAUAAACUAUUUUAAAAGUGAGUUGCGUAUGAAAGGACGGUCCUUUCAUACACAACUCAAAGUUUGUUUUUUUUGCAUUUUUGUAAAUAAUUCUGAUGAAUACGUAAAUGACCUUGGAAAUGGGCAAGAAUAUGGGUGUAUUGUUGUCUCAGAAAUAAAUGGUGUGAACAUUCCACUAAUAAAAUAAUUGAUUCACAAAUAAAUGUAACUGGAUCACACAAAAAAAGGACUGGGUUCACAAAUAUGUUUUCUCUCCCAAUAAGUCUCUCCAAAAAAAUGACUGUGCAUUUAUGUGUGGAAUCACUUGCAUUUACUUAUAUUUUUGAGGCAAUCCUCACAGCAAGAUUUGCAAAAAUAUAAAUAAAAAUUCACAAAUAGGUUUUUCCCCAUUGGGUCUAGUCCAGCCAAUCAGAUUUAAAGACAUCCUUUCCACAUUAGUCGGACCAAUCACAGCACGUAUGUGCUCUGUUUAGUCAGUAAAAGGAGUUGAUGAAAAAUAACAUGGAUGGUGAACAUUGGCAUGUUUAAAGACAUGCAACAUAUGAGUAUCAUCAAGAUCACAGACUGCAGUUUGCUAAUUACUUUUUAUAUUUAAGUUAACUAGUAAGCUUGACAUCUUGCUGACAUAGUUACUCAGCCAGUAGUAGCUAGCCCGCUAAUGUCGAGCUGUAGUUCAAUCUACCUAGCUAUCAUUGCUGUCAAUGAUGACUAUGACGACACUAGCCCUAUCUAUACUGUUUUUAAAUGUGUGCAGGGCCUUUCUCCAGAGGGAGAAAUCGCUGCUCGGGCACUAGUCCAGAUAUUUGCCAUUUGUGAACCAGUUACAUUUAUUUGUGGAUUAGGUACAAUUAUUUAUGGAUCAGUUACAUUUAUUUGUGACACAGCUACAUUUAUUUGUGAACCAAUUAUUUUAUUUUUAAUUUACAAAAAAUAUUUGUUAAUCUAAUUUUAUUUGUGGAAUAUUCAUGGUAUUUAUUUUUGAGACAGUAAUACCCCCAUACAAGAACAUUAACCAACUUUGUGACCCUGUGAGACCACACCCAUAAGACCACACCCACACCAUAGUGGAAGCUGUGGCAAUAGAAACUGGUUUGUACUUAUGAUGGUUCCUCAUGGUUUAGCUUUACAGCAAGAAUACUCCUCAUCUGCAAACAUGUUAUUGUUGGUGGGAGGAAAAUCAAUAGUCAAAAUUAAGGCUAACAAAAAAAACCAUGAUGAAUUUCCUUUCCUUUAUACUCAAAAGUUUGUGUGAUGGAGGACAGGAGUCUUGCUCCUAGGUGUGAAUAUACUGUGGAUAUGACAACAUGUAAAAUGUGCACCUGACAAUAUUGUAAAUAAUAAAUUUAUUUACCUUUAAAUAUU